UGUUCGUAUAUGUUUCGCAAAUUGUAAACAAUUUUAAUAACCAUUGAAGCGAAGUUCAUUUAUUUUAAAGUUGGUCGAAUAUAAAAUGAUAAUUUAUUUCAUCGCACUAUCGUUUGUGUCUCUUUUAAGCGGUUGUAAUGCAGUGGGCUUUGGCUGUGGAAAACCGAGUCCACCUUCAUUGGACGAAUUGGACGAAUUUAACCCACCAAUAGUGUUCGCUUGUAUUUUUCAUCACAAACAACCUGAAAUAUCAUUGUACCAAAGUGAUAACAAUGACAGUAUGUCAGAUUUGCUAAAAGCUUUAGACAAUGGGAAAGAUCUUUCACUCUACUUCAUGGGAUUUGGUGAUAAAUUGAGCGUAACAAAUGGACUGAGCUACCAAUUUUGCAGUGGAUGGUGUGACGUAUCUGCCACAAAUAUUUGCCGCAUUUAUCAUUCGCGAAAAAUUGAGAGUACCAGUUCGAUUGUUAAACUAAGAUCUCUAAUAAAAAAAGCUUUAUUCAAUAGACGAUUGGAAUUUGUUUCGCGCAAAGUGGGCGAUUUCGUUUUGGACAUUCGUAAUCAAUGUAAAAUUGAUAAGAAAAAGAAGAAAAAUAAGAAAUGCAUUGAACACAUGUCACAGAUUAAUGUGCAUGGCUUUAGUCUGGGCAGUCAUGCGGGAGCAUUUUUUUGUCGAUACAUGAAUGAAAAAAUACAAGAAAAAUGCCCGCUUUUAAUAGGCUACGAUCCUGCCGAACUUCAUCCAUGGCUCGAUCAAAGUAAAUAUAUUCAAAAAGGUGACGCGGAAUUUGUGCAGCUAAUCCAUACGUCGGGUGUUUUGGGAACAAGAUUGAGAAUCGGAGAUGUUGAUGUUAGCGUAAAGUAUAAGUCGUCUUUGCAUUUUGCAGACAACCAUUUUAUGGGCUUUCGAAUCCAGGAAUUGUCAACAUCAAAGCGAUUUGCAUUUAUUGCCAAUAGAAAUGGACCCGGUUCAGUUAUCAAGCUGAAAAAUCCGAAGGAGUUUGAAUCAAUCAAAUCCAAACUUAAGAAAGAUCAAUGCCUAUUAGGUGUGGUGAAUAAUAACGUCGGAAAGUUUAGAAUAACCAUAACUGAUAAAGAUUUGAAGGCUUAAUAUGUUUUUCUAAUUUUUCUAUUUUAUUUUAUAAUAUUUCCAAAUAAAAUUGGCAUUUACGCUUGUUAUAUUCAAAA